UAAAAACGCAAAAUUCUUUCAUUCCGUACACUUCCCAAACUGUCAAAUUCGUACUAAAAAUCCGCCAUGUUUACAGUACUGACAACAUUGAAAUUAACUUCCUUUUGCCUUUUCCUUUUCUCUUUCAACGUGCACUGUGACAAGUAAAGAUGCCUGCCACGGCCGCCAAGAAAACCGAAGCUAAAAAGCUUCCCGUUGUGCCCGAAUCAAAAUUGAAGUUCGCCAAGAAGGUGAUCAGCAAGCGUGCUCAAGAAACCAAAAGAAAAUUGAAACGCACUGCCGUUAUUGCCCAACGUAAACGUGAAAAUUUGGUACGUGCCGAGAAAUACCAAAAUGAAUACAUCAAGGCUGAGAGACGUGAAAUUAAGUUGCGUCGUUUGGCUAAACAACGUGGACAAUACUAUGUUCCCGGUGAAUCUAGAUUAGCCUUUGUUAUCCGUAUUCGUGGUAUCAACAAGGUAGCCCCCAAGGUACGCAAGGUCUUGCAAUUGUUCCGUUUGCGUCAAAUCAACAAUGGUGUCUUCAUCAAGUUGAACAAGGCCACCAUCAAUAUGUUGCGUAUUGCUGAACCCUACAUCACCUGGGGUUAUCCCAACUUGAAAUCCGUUCGCGAAUUGAUCUACAAACGUGGUUUCGUUAAGCACAACCGUCAACGCGUUCCCAUCACCGAUAACUUUGUGAUAGAACGUAAAAUGCGCAAGGCAUACAACAUUCAAUGCGUUGAAGAUAUGGUCCAUGAAAUCUUCACCGUUGGCCCCAACUUCAAGUAUGCUUCCAACUUCUUGUGGCCCUUCAAAUUGAACACCCCCACUGGUGGCUGGCGCAAGAAGGCUAACCACUAUGUCGAUGGUGGUGACUUCGGUAACCGUGAAGACAAGAUCAACAAAUUGCUUCGCAGCAUGGUCUAAAAAACUAAAAAAACAAAACACUUUUGACUUUCGUUUUAUAAAUAAGAGUUUAGUGUUUAGUUUUGUUUAAUAUUUUUUUCCGGUUUGCCUCUACCUACAUCAUCAAACAACUACCUACAUCUGGCUUUUGGGAAGAGAGAAAAAAUUUCCAGUAGAAACGCUAUUAUAAAGCGUUUUAAAUGUGUUUCUUUUUUAUACAUAUAUAUAUUAACAAAAUAAUAUUCUUUAAAAGAGUGGAGAAAAUAAAAAAGUGGUUAAACAAAGAAAAAAAUAUUAAAUUAAAGAAAA